CUCAAAUCCUCUUCUCAUCAAGCCUCCGCUUCUCUCUCCCACUCUCUCUCUCUAAAAUCCCCAAAUUUGCAAACCUUAUUCGCAUUGAUUGCUUGUCGUCGAAAGAAGAUUGAUUCUGUUGAUAUCGAAUCAAGAUCCUUUUCGGAUAGCCGAGUUUGGGAAGCGAGUUUAGAAAAUUGUUUAUUGCGCUGGUGGAGAAAGAUUUGUUUUUUUGCUUCUUGAUUUUCUGAAGCGGAGCGUGAAAGUGGAAUCUUGUCAGAUUUCGUCAUCAAAUUUAAGUUUUGGAGGAGAAGUUUGGAUACCGUCGGUUCUGUUGCAUGAAAUUCGAAGCUCACAGUUGUUUUAGAGGGAAUAGCAUUCUGAGUUAUGGAGCAGAAUAAAACAGCGGCGGGAGCAGCGUCGCCGGCGCCGGUGGUGAGACAGCUGGAUUUCACAAUUAAUCUGAAGGCUACGGCGAAUUCAAAUGCUAGCCGUACGGGAAAUUUGAUAUUACCAGACCAUCCACAGGCUCAAUUAGAGUCCAAGCUAUUGGCUUUAGCGCAAUCGCAGAGACUGCAUGCGAGUGCUAAAUCUCCGUCGCCUCCGCGAUUGGCUGCCCAUACGAAGCUUCCACCUCGCAAAAUGGUAAUGCCUCCGAGAUCUCCACAACGAGAACUUCCUGGCAUGGUUGCGCCAGGGCCGGCGAACGCGGUGAAGCCUGUUCCCGUGCCCAAAGCUGCAUCCAAUUAUCCAUUGCUGAAGUCCGAUUCCCCAAUAUCACGUGAAAGGACUACUUCUGAACAGGGUGAUGCCACUCCCAAGAAACAGAAGCAAUGCAACUGUAGGAACUCUAGAUGCUUAAAGUUAUACUGUGAGUGCUUUGCCUCUGGGGUUUACUGUGAUGGAUGUAACUGCCUCAAUUGCCACAAUAAAAUGAUGUAUGAAGAUGAUAGAAAGGAAUCCAUAGGUGCAAUUUUAGAGAGAAAUCCCAAUGCUUUCAGACCAAAGAUAGCUGGCAGUCCACGGGGAGUCAAAGAUGGGGUAGAGCACAACAGAGGAUGCAAUUGUAAAAAAUCGGGGUGCCUCAAGAAGUACUGUGAAUGCUUCCAGAACAAUAUUCUAUGCUCUAACAAAUGUAAAUGCGUGGAAUGCAAAAACUUUGAAGGGAGUGAAGAGAGAAAAAUCCAUCUUUAUCAAUAUCCAGUAGAUUCAGCGGACAUAAUCCAACAGGCAACCAAUGCUGCCAUUAAUGGAGCCAUUGGCACUCCAAGAAAGAAAGCUCGUAAUAGCAAACAAAUCAAUUCAGGAACUGCCCACCUACCACAGUUUCAUCAGGGAACUUGCUGGACAUCACCCACGUUUUCUCCAUUAUCUGUUCUCACAUCUAAACCAUUAGAGCCACCCAAAUUAUCUUACAGGUCUCCUUUAUCCGGCCUCCUCCAACCACAACAUGUGAAGGACAUGUGUACAUUAUUAGUUGAAGUUUCAGCAAAAGCAGCUAUGAGUCUUUCAGAAGAAAACAAGAAGAUUGAUGUAAUGGAUGAAGAUAAAACUGAAAUUUCAUGUUCUUCAUCCUGCCAUCAAAAUUGUCGAAGCGAGAAAACUGCAUUGGAUGAAAGCCGAGUGUGUCCAGACAGAAUUUCACACGGCGAUGAUGUCCAAAGUGGAAGACCGUUGUCUCCAGGAACACUCUCAUUAAUGUGUGAUGAACGAGACAUUCCAUUUGCUGCCGACAAUUCCCCAUCAACAGCCAUGGAAUCCAACACAAGUACAAACACAAGUUCAGCACCUACCCAUACCAUCAACAAGUUAUACGCCGAACAAGAAAGGCUCGUGUUAACCAGGUUUCGCGACUUUCUCAACAGACUCAUCACCAGUGCCUCCAUUGAAGGAGCAAAACUAGAGCAUAAAACUAACUAGUACACGCCGCCGCCGAGGUCAGUAACCUAAGCAUUCUGUUCAAUCCAUGCUUUUAGUUCAGAUAUGUAGAAGUGUGUUGUCUUGAUGCAGUUACACUUUUUUGGGAGGUCUGGUAAGAUAAUAUAUAUUCUUUUGCUUUAAGAAUUGAUCUUCAGUAAUGGGCAGACUUAUAUGUAAGAAUGAUCACAACCAUGAUUCCAUCCAUGUUCUUCAAGGUUUGCCCUUCCGCAAAUAUAUAUAUACACUUCAUCCGAUGAUUUGUUUGCUAUUAUUUUUAUUUCAAGA